GUCCUUGUUAACGUCUUAGUCAUAGAUGUGCACUCAUAUUCCGUAUUGUUGGGACUGCCUUGGGCAAUGGCGGUAGGUGCCCGCCUGCAUUUCGAUUCCAAACAAUUGGUGGUCACGCAAACCGGAGGAAAGCCUCAGACGCUUCCGUUGCGGAUUUCAACCUGGACAGUAAAGAGGAAUCCCAACCCUGCUCGGAUAGGGAUGAUUCAAGGUCCCGAUCAGGAGGAGUCUCCAUCCACCGAUGACAUUAGUGGAUUCGAAGAGCAGGAGUGCGAGGAAGAAAUGCCUAGCGAGAGCGAAUGGAAACACUUGGUCGACCUUUUUGAGCACGAAACCCCCGAGGAGUUUCGCAUGAUCCCCAGAGCCGCCCGAACCUUCCAUCCGGAAGACGGCACGCUCGCCCCUAUGGAAACCCAGGUGACGUGGACGCGGACCAGUGAGCAGACUGCGUGCAUCGAGUACCUCGAGCUGCUGAUCAUCCAGGCUUGGAGAACGGACGUGGAACGUGAUCUUCUCGGUUUCCUCUUCGGAUCGGUGCGGCCAGGCCAUCGCCAGCCUAUCGUUCAAGAACUCAUCGUCCCGAUCAUGCAAUUGGUUGACGAUCUCCCCCUCGAUAUCGUUUCGCAAAGCGACGACAGUCCCGCCCCGCACGUCAUCACGAGGGCGUUAACACCGUAUCUUCAGUGGACUGCUUGCUUGGAGGAACCCGGGAGUGACAGCACCUUGCCAUCACGACAAGAGUACUUGAAACCGUACGGAAUCAUUGAUCGCGCCUUCUAUCCGAGGGAGCCUGAGGAGGUGUUUCAAGGAGAAGAAGAAGCCACAGAAGAAGAAGGCGACGCCGACGAAGAAACAUCGGAAGAAGGAAGCUAUAGUGAGUACAGCGAAGGAGAGCAGAGUGGGAUGGAGGAGGAGCUAGAAGAAGAAGAAGAAGAAGACGAAGAGGAGGGAACCGGAUCGGAGUGGGAGGACUUGCCGGAGGAAGCGGCAUGUACAGGUACGGAAGCGGAAGAUCCCGAAGCGGCACGUAGAAGGGAAGAGAUCGCCGCCGGGAAAAACCAGUUGGAGAUCGCCAAGGGGGUGAACUUGUGCAUCAACAACGACCCAACCAGGGAUCCAGAGCCCCCCGAGCCCGAAGAUGGUGGAUCAGCAACCACAGCUCCGAGCACAUCACAACGGAGACGGAGCCGAUCCCCCUCCCCCUCCACCCCAACCCGUCCCCCAGUUCAUCCACGCACCGAUGCGGGGAAUCGGCCUUCGUCCCCGGUCGUUAUCCCGUCGUCCCCUUGAUUACCUCACCCUUUGCCAGAUCUCUACCCCCGUCACCUUCCCUCGCAACCCCUUCCCUCCCAAUACUUUCG